AUGGUGGAUCUAACGACAAAUUCUAAAAAAAAAGUGGCCGCCGUCCUUCGAUCUAAUUUAUUUGAAACCUCAAACAAUUUUGAAACUAGUCGAAGCUCAACAAAUUUAUACUCCGAAGGACAACAGUAUCCUGUUGUUACGGGGGUUUCCGUACAAGAACUGGUAUCUUCUCGGGUGAAAUUUGCUAUCGUUAAAUCGAAUUUAGGUGUGUAUAAUAUAAAAAGGGUGGAAAAAAGGGGUUAA